UUCCUGCCUCCAUAACUUUACUGUACACAGUCGUCUCCAGCGGGACAGGCUUUCUAUCCGCGCCACUUUCACCUGAUGCACGCUAACCAGUACACUGCAGGGCCAUGCCACAGCAGGAGCAGCAGGUCUUCAUGGAGAGCCUGGAGGGGGCGCUGUCCUGGAUGCAGAGCACGCAGGAGCGACUGAGGGCCAAUGACAACACCCAAGGGCCCCGGGACGCCCUGGAGAAACGGCUCAGGGAGACAGAGAAAAUUCACCAUUCGGAGCAUGAAGGUCGAAUGAAAAUGGACAAAGCAAUGGUGGCAGCUGAGCACCUUUUGCAGAGCGAAGAUGAGGAGCUGAGAAACCACACCCUCUGCAAACUCCGAGAGCUCAAAACCCAGUGGGAGGAGACGACUACAUACAUUAUCCACUGUCACAGUCGAAUCGAGUGGGUGUGGCUGCACUGGAGCGAGUACCUGAAGGCCUAUGAGGAGUUUGAGUUGUGGUUGACCCGACAGCAGCGUGCCUUGGCCCUGGGGGUGGAGCUACAGGUGGGGCUGAAGGAGAAGCUUUGGCAGGUGGACCAGCAGAGGGUGGUGUUGAGCGACGUGCAGAGCCAGGCGGGGCUGUUGGAGCGACUACUGGACGAAGCUGGCUCGCUGUACACCCGCACCCAGGAUCCCAGUGUAGACCAACAGGCCCAGGAGAGGAUGCAGGCUGAUUACAAUGAUGUGAGGGAUAAAGCUGAGGAGCGGCUGUCACUCCUUAAGAAGAUUGCAGAGGAGCACCAGACUUACCAAGGCUGUGUUGAGAGGUUCCAGUCCUGGCUGAUGUCAAAAACCAGGGAGCUGAUGGAGAUGAUGGAGAAGGAUGACCCAGCGGAGAAGAAGCUGCAGGCGCUAAAAGCCUUGGACGACAGCGUGGCCAGCGAGGAGAAGACCCUGCUCCACAUCGAGGGUUUGGCGGAGGGCGUGCGCGCGAACACGUCUCCAGCCGGGGCGGAGCAGGUGGUGGAGGAGGCGGAGGAGCUGAGGCUGGGCUGGCAGAGGCUCAGGCAGGCGCUGUGUGAGGCGGAGGAAGGGCUCAGGGUCAGUCUGGACUCCCACCAACAGUACAUGUCCCGCUGCCACAGGCUUGGAGAGGACAUCACGAGGCUCCGACAGCUCCUGCUUAGUCUGGAGAAGGAGUUGGAGGGGGAGCGUGAGGCCGGGGAGAGCACAGCACGCUCAGAGGAGCAGAUGGUGGGCCAGUGGAGGACCUACACGGGUGUGAAGAACACUCUGGCUGGAGAAGAGUGUCAGGUGGAGCAUCUCAAAGCUCAACUCAAAGAGCUCUUUAGAUUCUCAGAGGACUCGCGACACCUCUCGGACGACGUGCUGGCUGUUGUCAAGGAGCAUCAGAGUGUGAAGUGCCGAGCGACUCGCCUCUGCUCUGAGUCUGAGUGUGGUCUGAGGAGUGCCCUGCAGGACCCUCUCUUGGCCUAUUCUCAGUGGUGUCUCCAGGUGUCUCAGGUCCUGGAGGCAGAGGUCACAGACUUCUCCCACAUCGCGAUGCUCGUCCAGAAGAUCGAGCGCCUCCUUGUGGACAGUGCUGAGCUGCAGGAGAGGCUGGGGCAGUUGCAGGUGAAGGGCGACCUGUUGGACUCUGUGUUUGGACGCGACAGAGCUGAUACUUUACAGACGGAGCUCAGUGCAGCCGUCAGGAACAGAGAGCUGCUCCACUCACAGCUGCUGCAGAGGAAGAGCCGGCUACAGGGUUUGAUCUCCAGAACCAAAGACUUCAGCGAUGCCCAUGAGCUGACUGGCGUCAGACUGGGGGGGCUCAGGGACAGACUGGCAGCAGCUGACAGUCUACAGCCGGACAUACUGGCCAAGAAGAGCCAGGCGGACCAGUUCAGAGCGAUACAGAAGGACCUUGAAGAUUGCGAGGCUCAUAUCGCCGCCAUGGAGACGCUGGUGUCCUCCAGUCCCGCCAAUAAGACCCAGUUUGAACGCCUCUACGCUGAAUGGAAAAAUCUCUAUGCAGUGGUCAUGAUGAAGGUGCGCGACAGUGAGGAGAACAUAGCGGAGCACGAGAGUUUCCAUGACGAUUUACUGAACCUGGAGAAGUGGAUCAUGAUCAUGAGGCAGAAGCUGGAGUCGUUUCACAGCUCGUCUGGAGAGUGCAGUGUGGAGGGCCGCCAGCAGGAGGCAGAGAAAGUCCUGGAUGAGUUUCCAGAGAAGGAGUUCCAGCUGCAGAAGUUAGAGGUCAGAGGUCGCUCAGUGCUGGAUAAGACAUCAGACGAGGGCAGGGUCCACAUCCAGAGGGACAUGGAGAGGCUGAGGGCGUCCUGGAUGUCUCUGUACGACAUGACUCUCAAUCUGGACGGGUUACUCAAAUUCUCCAUGGAGCAAACCGAGGCUGAUUCAUGGAAGCUGAGAGACAUUUCUACAGCGGACAUUUCAGUUAGCGAAAACACCAAGAUCAACACAGGAAGUAGCUCUAGUCCGACCGGCCAAACUGAGAAAAGGUCAGGUGACGUGUACCGAGAACUGCCUCUCCCCGGACCAGAAGGGAGCCUGGAAGUGGACUUUGAAGAAGAUGAUAUUAUCGACCAAAGCAGCUGGCUGGAAGGACAACCUUGGGGUCAUUUCGUAGCAUCUUCCGAAAACAAAAAGGGCGCUGGGCUUUCAUGUAGCGAUGGGACUGAUAGCGGGCCUUCCUGGCGUGACGAUGAGACAGACUCCCCCGCGUGGAUUCUCCGAAAAAGGAAAGAUCAAAGCGGUGCCAAAGACGUAAUUGUAGAUGGAGAGGCUGGCAUUGAUAAUUUGAAAAUGGGAGACAGCAGAAGUGGCAGAAGUCGAGUUGGGGUCUUAUCGGUGAUGGAGUCCACGAUGACUAUGAGGACUGAUGAGGAGAAAAAGGAGGUAGAGGAGGAGGGAGGGCAGAGGUACAGAGAGGGCAGUACAGAAGCAGCAGACAGUCUAAGCUACGGAGGAGGAAGACGAGCAGGAGCAGGAGCUUUUGUCCAGUUCAAAAGAAGUACAUCCACACAGGAGUCACAGCGUUCAUCGGCUUCAUUUGACAGGACCGGCCAACAGGGAAUGAUGGAGAUGACGAGAGCAACGAGAAACAUUCAGCAAACUGAUGGGGCUGGGACUCAAACUCUCAGUGAUGAGGAGACAGGAGGUGGGAGGGAGAGGUACAGACUCAGGUGGAGGGAGUUUGAAGAGUGGCUUCGAAAAGAAAAUGCUGUUCUCUCAGAGGUUCUCGCAUCGUAUUCUGGUCCAUUGAGUGCUCAGGAGAUCAAGGUCAACCAGGCCAAGCUCCGGGCCCUGAGAAAUAAUGUACCCUAUGGUCAGGAACUGUUCCAGGAGCUCCGUGUCUCUUUUGAGGACCAGGACGACCCACAGAUGGAGGAAUUGCGUUACAGAUGGAUCCUGUACAAGUCCAAGCUAAAGGACAUAAAUGCAGAGAAAGCAUCUGCCGCGAAGUUCAAGAUACCGCCUCGUUCCAAGCCUCAAAAGAAGCCGAGUUUACUGUACCGCGUGUGCUGCCUGGCCCUCCCUCUGUGGCUCCUCCUCCUCGCCCUCCUCCUCCUCGCCUUCUUACUGCCUCUCCCUGAAGACUCCAACUCCUGCUCUCUCUCCAACAACUUCGCUCGCUCCUUCAACAUCAUGCUGCGCUACCAGGGACCCCCGCCCACCUGAGACUACCUACGCCCACCUGAGACCACCUACGCCCAUCUAAGACCACCUAAGACUACUUAAGAUCUCAUAAGACCACCUAAAACUACCUGAGACCACCUAAGACCACAUGUAUGUAUGAUUUUUGGGGGUUUUUAAAGAAGGCCUAAUCUUGAUAUAUAUUUCUUCACAUUAUUUUGACCUGUUAUUAAUGUACUGUAAUGCUGAAAUAUCUUAUAGCACUGCGCCAAAGCUUAAAGAAUUGAAUGUACAAAAGCUGCAUGUAAAGGUGCACUUUGUCACUUUUCAGGUGGGGUUUCUGAUUGUUUCCAUGGAGAUGUUGUAGUAUGGUAAUCAACAUAUCCAUGUAGCGUUCAGUUUAAUACGUUUUUUUUUAUUGCACAAAAUACCCUUUUCGAGUGAGAUAAUCGUUGCUACUCCACAUAUCUGACCUGUAGACAACAGAAAAGUUCCGCAGUGCACCUUUAAUGUAAAACCCGAUAAGUUAUAUCUUCAAAUAUAACAACAUAUCUUUAUUUUACUUUUUAUUUUUCCUUAUUAUGCCAAAGGAAAUGCAAUAUUUUACUCCACCUAAGACUAAAGUUAAUGUCAAAGCGCACAUUAACUGGUUAGAAAUCUUUUUUUUUUUUUUUUUUUUUAAAGGUGAACUAUGUAACAUUUUGGUUAGGGGUUCAUCACCUGCUUGUUUCUAUGGUUAUGUCACUGCUCAGCCUGGAAUGUUCCAUAGUAUGACAUUAAACAACUUUACCUUACAUUUAUUCAAUUACAGAUGGUUUUAUAGUUCAAAAAUACCUAGAAAAACUGACAUUCUGACUGUGAGCGGGGUUGCCUCUCCACAGAUCUGACUUGUAACUUGGUCUGGUUUGGUCUUGAUGAUAGAAAAGUUUAAUGCCAUACUGUGAAACAUUCCAGACAAAAAAGUAACAUCUUCACAGAGAAAAGCAUCGGACAAUCCCUCCACCAGAAAAGUUACACAAUGCACUUUUAACAUAACUUGUAUUUCUAAGUAUAUAUUGUAUAUUUCUAUUAUAAUAAAUUGCACAUUACAUCCACGCAGACAAACCGAAACUGAAAAAUGUCUUGUUUUAUCAUAUCAUUCAAUCUUGGUCUCCCAAAUCAGACUAAUGAAACAUAAUAGGAUCAGACACAGCAGAUUUCUGUUAAAACGCCGUAACAUCAGAUAGGAAAUUCUUGGCUCAUUUUUCAGACCUGGACUCGAGAUGGUCAUUUCUGUGAUAACUCUGCCUCAUCCUUUAUCCCUUUACACCUGCCAGGGCAGGAGCUGGCGCCUGUCCAAAGCCCUCUGUGGCUCUGCACCUGUCACCUAUCAAACACAAUCAAGAGAAUCAUUUCAGCAUGUAAACAGGUUUAGGACAACCAUGUGUGAACUAUAAUUAGUCUAUUUUGUGUUGUUAGGAUACAUAUUUCAUUUUGCUCAGACAAAUAGAAAGUCAAGCUGCUUUUGUAGAUUUCGUAGACCUAUAUUAUACUAUUUUCUGAUUUAGGUUUUAAUGCUGUUUCCUCAUCACAGACAUACCUGGAGUUUUGUUUUGUUUCAUUCACGCAUGUUUACACACAAACCCUGCAUAUUUAGUGAGCUCUCUCAAACCUAAAACACUCUCUUCCACCUUGUGAUGUCAUGUGGUAAUACAGGAAGUGCUCCACUCUGUUUUUAAAGUCCAUACAGCUUCACUAGAAUUAAUUGGAUAAUUUGAGCCUCGAAAUUUGCAAUCUCUGCUAAAGAAAAGGUGAAAGGUGGCUGUUAAUUUGAAAAAACUAUCACUACAUGACAUCACAAGGUGGAACAGAGCAUUUUGAGCUUUGGAGAUGUACACAGACUAAUACGAAAGUGCUACUCAAACAUGUGUGAAUGAAACAAAACACCACCCCAGGUAUGUUUUUGAGGAGGAAACACGAGUAAAUUUUGCAUAAUAUAGGACGUUUAAAGUUGCAUUACUCCACUUUUUCAAGCCACAAAAGGAUAAAAUAUAUAUUUAAAUAUUAAACAUGUGGUCUUUUUCUAGUUCUGAUAUAGGUAAAAGACCAUUAUUAAAUCUGUCUAACCUCCAUCUUCAUGAAGACAAGCAGGUGACGGACACUGCCAGAAAAGUUGCGCAAUGCACCUUUAAAUCCCUCAAAGCUAGUGCUGCUUUGAUCAAAACUACUUAUUCUCUCACAGCCAGCUAACUCUUAACUGUACAAUGGAGUGUGUCUUUGGCAUUUUCUUGGCUCCUCUCGAGUUCCUUCACGACGCCAACACUUUGAACUGUAAAUCUAAAGCUUGGAAAUCCACCCUGGACACAACACCUUUUUAUGGCCCAUUAAAAUCCAGUGUUCCAGGCCUUGUUUUUAUCUGAGCUCUCUUCACACCCUCUUAAAACGCCUCCGCACCCUGACGCACGUUUUUUUAACUCCCCUUUUUGGCGCAGGUUCGAGCUAUUGCUGUUGACUUUAACAAGCAUGUUACCACGGCAACGCUGACCAAAUCAAGUUUCAAGUUUUUUCUUGUAAUAUACUCAUUUUAAACACCAGAGUUAACAUGCUAAGAAAAGUUCAAACAGAUUGGUCAUGUUCCUUUAAAGGUGCAUUGCUAUUGACUUUAGUGGCACGUUACCACGGCAACACUGACCAAAUCAAGUUUUCAAGCUUUAUUUUUAACCAUGUAGCUACUGAAUGUGUUUUUCAACUUAGUAUAGUGGAAGUUAAAAGUUAAUUGAUGGAAGAUACGCACUACCACGCAUGUAAUUGGCUUACUUUGCAGCUUAUAUCAUCGACAUUCCCUUGGGUGUGAUGCUAACCGUAUGCACUGCUCUAUCUGAAGCUUUAAUUGUUACUCAAGUUAGACUGAAUCGGAUUUUGAACCAUGAGUUACAACACGAUUCAGAAAUAACCACUUAGCCCCCUCCUCACUCUGAUGUCGAACCAUGACAGAAAAACUACUCUGCGCGAUUGUCACAAGUAGCUGUUUCCAAAUAGUUCUCAUCCAACAAGCCCUCUGAUUGGAUAAAAAAUUCUUUCCUGGCAUUUGCUUAGUUCAUAAAAUUUAUAGACAAUAUCGUUUGUUUUAUAAGUAGCUCCAUUUACAAUAUACUGUAGUAAAAGCAGUUAAACACCAUUUACAUUUAUUCACAUUUAAAAUAUUUUUUUGAUAAGUUUUGAUAACUUGCGGAGAGACAUACUGUUUAAGAUUUAUUUUGUGUAAAUUUGCAUUGGCAAUAAGGUGCUGUCAUGUUUUGGUUAAAAGUAUUGGAAACUAGAAACUGUAUUGUGGAGUUGACUUAUUAUUGGUGUGUUAGUUAUUAUUAAAACUAUAUAUAUAUUUGAGAUGUGUUUUGAGAAGUUGUAAAGCAUUUUCUGAACUAAUUUUGUGUCCCUUUUAACCACUGGUUGGUAAGAUCCUUUAUAUCAAGUAAAUGAUUGUUUGAGAUGAAACACAUAUAAGUUUGUCCAUCUGUAAAAUAUUUCUUAUGUAGCACCUUUAAGAAUAAUUAUCAGAGUUACUGUGGGCAAACUAUAUGGCCUUAAAGCUUUAUCUAAUCCCAUGUAUCCAGUGCCAUACUUUUAUAUAUGUGUACAAUAUGUAGCUUUGUGAACCACUUACGCCCAAACUACCAAUAUUUAACUUAUUUUUAUGCUACUGCUGCUUAUUUCCUUCUCUGUAACCCUUAGCAUGUGUCCCUUUAAACGCCUAUGCAACUCCUCGCUCUACUGAAAUAUAUUAUGCAACUCAAGGCUUAAAUCUGCCCUAUAUAAGGUUAUGCAAAGAUGUAAAGCUUCCCUGUGUGUUGUAUGGGAGUGCUCAUGAUAGAAGAAACACAAACAAAAAAACAGUAUUGUGAGAAUUGUGUGUGUAAAAUAUACUAUUUUCUGUACGACUUUCAUGUUAAAAGCUUGUAACUUUUCUAUCUUGAUGGUCAUGGAAAUAAAUACAGAUCAAGUAUAA